GGUGGGUCAAGGCCAGGAAAGUAGCACUUGUUCGCUGCUGCCCCAGAAGGCUAGAGGCCGAGGCGCCGAGAGCGGGCAUGGCGACUUGGUCCCAGCCGGAGUCGGGUUUCUCUGGAAACCCCCCUGGUAAGUGGGGAGGAGGCGGGACACUCUGACCCAAGACAAAAGGCCUGUAGUUCCAGCCAAAGAAAAUAAACCUUAGGAGAGAGAAGGAAAAAAAAUCCAUCAGCUGUUCCCGAGAACAGCCUGCAGUGGAAUCUACAGAGAGGACAACUAAUGUGAGUGAGGAAGUGACUGUAUGUGGACUGUGGAGACAGUAAGUCACGUGGGCCCUGAGGCCUGGACUGGGUUAGGAACAGUUGUACUUUCACAGGUGAGGUGUCGAGAAGGAAAAAGUGAAUGUGGUCUGGAGUGUGGCCUUGCCUCCACGGGGUGUGCUUUCCUCUGAGGCCAUCAGGGAGCUCAGCCCCUGUGUUCUGCCAAGGUGGGGUACAGGGUUUGGCACUGAGGGGAGUAAUUUGCUGGCUGGAGCAGCAGAGCAGUGGCCUUGAUUUGUCUUUUGGAAGAUUUAAAAACCAAAAAGCAUAAACAUUCUGGUCCUUCAGCAAUGCUUUCUCUGAAGAAAUACUUAACGGAAGGACUCCUCCAGUUCACCAUUCUGCUGAGUUUGAUUGGGGUGCGGGUGGACGUGGAUACUUACCUGACCUCACAGCUCCCCCCGCUCCGGGAGAUCAUCCUGGGGCCCAGUUCUGCCUAUACUCAGACCCAGUUCCACAACCUGAGGAAUACCUUGGAUGGCUAUGGUAUCCACCCCAAGAGCAUAGACCUGGACAAUUACUUCACUGCCCGGCGGCUCCUCAGUCAGGUGAGGGCCCUGGACAGGUUCCAGGUGCCGACCACUGAGGUAAACGCCUGGCUGGUCCACCGGGAUCCAGAGGGGUCUGUCUCUGGCAGCCAGCCCAGUUCAGGCCUUGCCCUCGAGAGUUCCAGUGGCCUCCAAGAUGUGACAGGCCCAGACAACGGGGUGCGAGAAAGCGAAACGGAACAGGGAUUCAGUGAAGAUUUGGAGGAUUUGGGGGCUGUAGCCCCUCCAGUCAGUGGAGACUUAACCAAAGAGGACAUAGAUCUGAUUGACAUCCUUUGGCGACAGGAUAUUGACCUGGGGGCUGGGCGUGAGAUAUUUGAUUAUAGUCAUCGCCAGAAAGAGCAGGAUGUGGAUAAGGAACUGCAAGAUGGAGCGGAGCAGGACGACACCUGGCCAGGCGAGGGCGCAGAAGCUCUGGCGCGAAACCUGCUAGUGGAUGGAGAAACUGGGGAGAGCUUCCCUGCCCAGUUUCCAGCAGACAUUUCCAGCUUAACAGAAGCAGUGCCUAGUGAGAGUGAGUCCCCAGGUCUUCAAAACAACCUCUUAUCUCCCCUCCUAACGGGGACAGAGUCACCAUUUGAUUUGGAACAGCAGUGGCAAGAUCUCAUGUCCAUCAUGGAAAUGCAGGCGAUGGAAGUGAACACAUCAACAAGUGAGAUCCUGUACAGUGCCCCUCCUGGAGACCCACUGAGCACCAACUACAGCCUUGCCCCCAACACUCCCAUCAAUCAGAAUGUCAGCCUGCAUCAGGCAUCUCUGGGGGGCUGCAGCCAGGACUUCUCACUCUUCAGCCCUGAGGUGGAGAGCCUGCCCGUGGCCGGCAGUUCCACAUUGCUCCCGCUGGUCCCCAGCAAUUCUACCAGCCUCAACACCACCUUUGGCUCCACCAACCUGGCGGGCCUCUUCUUUCCACCCCAGCUCAAUGGCACAGCCAAUGACACAGCAGGCCCCGAGCUGCCUGACCCACUGGGGGGUCUGUUAGAUGAAGCCAUGCUGGAUGAGAUUAGCCUGAUGGACCUGGCCAUUGAAGAAGGCUUCAACCCCGUGCAGGCCUCCCAGCUUGAAGAAGAAUUUGACUCUGACUCAGGCCUCUCCUUGGACUCUAGCCAUAGCCCUUCUUCCCUGAGUAGCUCUGAAGGAAGCUCUUCUUCCUCCUCUUCCUCUUCCUCUUCCUCCUCCACUUCUUCCUCUGCCUCUUCCUCCUUUUCUGAGGAAGGUGCUGUUGGCUACAGCUCUGACUCUGAGACCCUGGAUCUAGAAGAGGCUGAGGGCGCUGUUGGCUAUCAGCCUGAAUAUUCCAAGUUCUGCCGCAUGAGCUACCAGGAUCCGUCUCAGCUCUCCUGCCUGCCCUACUUGGAGCAUGUGGGCCACAACCACACGUACAACAUGGCGCCCAGUGCUCUUGACUCUGCUGACAUGCCACCACCCAGCGCCCUCAAGAAAGGCAGCAAAGAGAAGCAGACCGACUUCCUAGACAAGCAGAUGAGCCGGGAUGAGCAUCGAGCCCGAGCCAUGAAGAUCCCCUUCACCAAUGACAAAAUCAUCAACCUGCCUGUGGAGGAGUUCAAUGAGUUGUUGUCCAAAUACCAGCUCAGCGAAGCCCAGCUGAGCCUCAUCCGGGACAUCCGCCGCCGGGGUAAGAACAAGAUGGCAGCGCAGAACUGCCGCAAGCGCAAGCUGGAUACCAUCCUGAACCUGGAGCGGGAUGUAGAGGACCUGCAGCGCGAUAAAGCCCGACUGCUGCGGGAGAAGGUGGAGUUCCUCCGGUCCCUGCGGCAGAUGAAGCAGAAGGUCCAGAGCCUGUACCAGGAGGUGUUUGGGCGGCUGCGAGAUGAGAAUGGGCGACCCUACUCGCCCAGUCAGUACGCACUCCAGUACGCCGGAGAUGGCAGUGUCCUCCUCAUUCCCCGCACCCUGGCUGACCAGCAGGCCCGACGACAGGAGAGGAAGCCAAAGGACAGGAGAAAGUGAGCCUGGGGAGGAGGAGGGGAUUGACACUCACCAAGGUGGAAACUGGAGAAGGGCUGGGCCUGGACCUGGACCUACACAGUGGGGGACUUUAAUGCCUUCUUAUCCAAUAGAUGAUCUCAGAUGGGAUGACUGCGGGUCAGUGGACAGGAAGUGUCGGGCACAGGUGCUGUCUGGCUCAGCUUCCCCCACUCAGGAGGGUGGAAGUAACCAGACAGUUUGGGUGGACAGGGUCCUGACGCCUACCCUUUUCCUUCAAGGGAAGGGGUGGUGAUGGCAUUGAUGAGGGCCGACAAAGGGGAAGGAAGGGACUUGUGAGAAGAGAAGAAAAUAGUAAAAAGUCUCAUUCCUGGAAGGAGGGAGGGAAGGAAGGAAAGAAAACCAAAAAAAUUAAAAAUCAAAGCUGGAAGAAAAAAGUGCAGGUUAAGGUUGAACCUGGCCAGGAUUCUAGGCAGCAGGUUUUAGGUGGGACUAGGUCAUUGGUGUGAGUAAACCCCACUUCACCACAGACAGGGUGGGUUCUGGGAGGGGCUUUGUGAACUCUUCCUGCUCCUGCACUUUGGCAUCCCUGAAGGGGAGCUCUUGGAUAUUCCCUGGAAUGUUUCAUAGGGGAGCCACUGGGACCCAACACUGGCUUGGAGGUUAGGGUUAGGGUUAAAGGGUAGCAUGAACAGGAAAGGGUCGGGUCACAAGGCCUUGUGUUGAAGCAGUCCAGACACCAAGCAUGUCACUCACUGUUCUGCCACUCCGUCUCCUGUGCCCAGUCACCCCUGAGCUGAGGCUCCAACGACUCCAUCAGAGCCUGCAUGCGAAUGCUGUUCUCUUCCUCCCCCCUACCCUGCCCCUCACUUGCAGCCCAGCUCUUCUGCAGCUGGGGUGCUGGCAGUGCCCCCAGUGCUGGGCCUGCAGCCUCCUGGGGGCUGCUCUGAGGUAGGGGGAUGAUAGAGAGAAGCCAGAAAGUAUUCAGCACAACACUGGGGAGUGACCCUUCCCUCAGGCCUCCCACUAACAACUGGGCUUAUCACUGGAAAAGACAAAACUACAAAACCCAGCAGCAGCAACAAAAAACUAGUCCUUUUAGUUUCUCGCGCUUUGGUUUUUUUUAGGGCUUGAGCCCUGUUUCACUUAUAGGGUCUAGAAUGCUUGUGUUGAGUAAAAAGGAGAUACCCCAAUAUUCAAAGCUGCUAAAUGUUCUCUUUGCCAUAAAGACUCCGUGUAACUGUGUGAACAUUUGGGAUUUUUCUCCUCUGUCCUGAGGUCUCUGUCUGCUUUCUUUUUUGGGUUUCUUCCUAGGAGAAUGAGAAGUGUGUGUAAUGGGGGCUGAGAGCACCUCCCUUCCCCCCACCCACCCAGGAUAUUGGCCACAGGCAGCCUCUCUGCACUCCCAGCUUAGCAGGGGCUCCUAGAGGACUGCCUGGGGGAGGCAGAGAGGGGAGUACCAAGAUGGCCAGAUGGUUCCAGGACCAGUGUCUUUAACUUUGCCACUGCUGCCCCCACCCAUGCCUGGCUCUGGAGUACUGUCUGCCCCAGACUGGCAGGAGUGAGUUGAGGAAGCACUGAUUCUCCUUCCCACUUAGGGGGGAGAAAGCGACAUAUUAACUGAGCAGUAGGGAUAGAAGGCAUGAGCCUGGAAAGUGCUUUUAUAAAUUAUUUUCCUUGUAGAUUUUAUUUUUAAUUUAUCUUUGUGACGUGCCAGGGAGAGGAGAGAGGCUGUGAGCACAUGACAAAAUAAAAUAAAAUGGAUGAUUCAUUCUCAAGUGCAAUUUUUCCCUACCUUGAAUUUAAAUUGAGAGUAAACAGGCCUCUGGAGGAGAGGACUGGCCAUUGUGUGGCUAAAGCAGAGCUUACAUAGGAAGGUGGGUGGAGACUAGGGGAGGCUGACAAUGAGUAUAACAGAAUAGUCUUACCCCCUGUAAUAAACAUUCCAAGCUGGUGUUUUAUACCUCUUUACAAGGUUUGCCAGCUGAAUCUGCUUAGGAAGGAUUCAGAAUCUUUUUAGCCUUGCUCAUUGGGCUAGGCUAUGGGGAGGUGUCACCUGGCCCAGUUCCUUGUCUGUCCACCCGUGACAAACUUUUCAUCUUGACUGCUAUUAUUUCUCUGGUGAUACCACCUGCCAAAGAGAUACAGAGCACUGGCGAGUAGUCACACCAAUGACCAUGAUGGUGAAAACCAGAGGAAUCCACAGCACCAACACAUGCCAAGCACUUUGGUGUAAGGAAGCAGGGCCACAGAACUAGAGAAGCGGGAAGCUGGACUCCAGAUUCGAGGCAUCGGAAAGCCCCAGCUAAGGUGACCAGAAAUCUCCCUCAAAAACAAAAAACCUGCCUUAACACAAGCCUGUGAAGUGCUGAUGCUUCGAGGUACUGGGGUGGUGGUUGGAACUGCCCCAUGGCCAUCUUGGAGUAGGUGCAUCAUGAUGAAUGCUCACCUGGCAGCCUGAGAUUACUGGACAAGGUUUAGGACCAGAAGCUGUAAUCAUCUCCAUAAUGGAACCUGUGACCUUGAACUCCCACGUACCACUGUGUUUGUUACCUGGCUCAGCCCAGUCCUUUAAUGCUGCUGCUAGUGUUUAUCCUAAGGGGUAGAAGAGAAUCCAGGUAUAACAUUGAUUUCUUGUUUCUUUCAAUUUAUAAUGGCUUUUCCCCCAUCUCUAGUUAGAAAGGGUUGGUCAUAUAAACAAGAGCUCUUUCCUAAUUAGGAAUUAAGUAAUUUUUGUAAGCAAGAUUCUUAAAGGAGAAAAAGACAAAGUUAAAUUUGAAAAACUUUAAUUCAUAUUGAUAAAAAAAUACAAAUUAUGUAUAGAAGAGUAAACCGAACAAGUAAAAUUCA